UUCUACCUCCUCCUCCAGCAUCUCUCCCCGUCCCUCCUGUCCGAUCCCUCCUCCGGCCCGCCGGACCACAAGCUCGGCGCCGCCCUCUUCCGCCUCGCCCACGCUGCCCCCUUCCGCGGCGUCGCCCGCCGCUUCGGCCUCCCGUCACCCGCCGCCGCCUGCCGCGCGUUCUACCAGGUCUGCAAGGCUGUCGCCGACCAGCUCGGGCACCUCUUCGAGCUCUCCUCCGACCUCCAGCGCGUCGUCCAGGGGUUCACCUGGAUGUCCCUCCCUAAUUGCUGCGGCGUGCUUGGCUUCGCCCGGUUCUCCGUUGAGGGGGAGUUGAAAGGGGGGUCGGUGAUCGCCCAGGGGUUGGUGGAUUCGGAAGGGAGGUUCCUUGAUGUCUCUGUUGGGUGGCAUGGGUCGAUGACCCCAGCACAGAUUAUUACAAGAACCAAGCUUUACAAAGCUCAGCAUGUGGUGCUUGCUGGUGGCCCUCCUGUAGAGCUGAAUGGGGUGUCUGUGCCUCGGUAUCUCUUGGGAAGUUCUUGCUGCCCGCUGCUCCCCUGGCUCCUGACGCCGUUCAAAAUGGUGGAUUCAAGGUCGAGUUCCUCCAAAGAUUCGAUUUUUAACAGUGUCCAUGCUCGGGGGAUGGAGCUGGCUGACAGGGCUUUUGGGAGGGUUCGGGCGAGGUGGCAGCUACUUCAGACGAGUUGGAAGGAGGAUUGUGCUGAGGCCUUGCCUUAUGUUGUGGUGGCUAGCUGUUUGCUUCAUAAUUACCUUAUCAAGUGUAGUGAGCCUAUGCCAGAUGAGAUUGAGGUGUGUGUGAAGGAGCUUAAGUUUCUGGACUUUGAGGGGAAGGAGGAUGAGGCUGGAGAGAGGAUCAGAGAUGCACUCGCCUCACACAUGAGCCUGGUCACAUGCAGUUGAAGUAGGAGUACGGUGCUGGUUGCAGGCACAACUGCUGCUGUAUCAGCUUGACUGCUGACCUUGGGAAACCAUUUAGUGCUUGACUCCCCGAAUAUCAAGGGAUGUGUACUGUUGAUCAGGGUAAUAGACAGGUGAAAUUCACAGGGGUUAGCCGCACAAUUCUGCUUCCUGAGUUGCAUAUAAAUCCCAUCCUUGCAUCCUAUGUGAUGUACUGAUGUGUAGCUAAAAUUGCCAUAUUUGAUUAAUUUCUAUAAUCUUUUAAAAAUUUGGAAGAUUUGGUAAAGAUUUAUUGGAUGUUCACAAUUACUUUAAGAUCUGACUAGUCGUAAUGGAAUCUUCUUAAGAAGAUUUGUAAUCACCGGAUCAAAAUCAUUAUAUUAGAAUACCGUUCUUAAAAGAGACAUUACCUAGUUAUGGCUUGUUAGUCCAAACCCUUUACUAUUGCACCAACCAAUGACCCUUAUUAGUAUACUUUCCUCAGUUUUCUUUAAUAAAAUAAUUAUCAGCAUUUGAUUAAUAUUCUCACUGCAUUUCAUUAAUUUUCUUUCUCUUUUUUUUUUUUUUUGCAAAAUAAUUGCCUUAGUGAAUCUUAGUUCAAGUCUUUUGUCCGAAAAAAAGAGACUAGUCUGGUCCUUGUUUGUUCUUGAGAAUUUAUGUGUAUUAGUUCAACUAGAAUAGUCAAUCAUAUGGUAGACAAAACUUGUAAGGCACACAAUCUAGUUAUUUCAUGUGGAUUCCCUAGUGAUCUCUCUUAAUGAAGAAAUAUCCUUAGCAAAAUUCUGACCUUAUUUAAUUUCAAUGAACAAGUUAAUUGAAAAAUUCAAAAAUCUCUGAUCUCAGUUGUUUUUGGAGAUUGGGAAUGAAUUUGAAGUCCUAAUUCUCUUGUCAAAGGUCAAACGUCUUGAAAUAGCUUUUUUACAACAUGAUGCUAUGUCAUUGUUGAGUAUGAUAUCGCAUCAGGGAAAAAUCAACAAAAAAUUGAUGAAGAUACAUGUAGGAAAUCAGAAAAUGAACAUAAAAAAAUUUGUUGGAAGCCUCCAUCACAUCAUGCAUGCAAGCUCCUUGAAUCACUCUUAUGCAAGAUCAUUUUUCAAAAUGAGGUAUGUGGUUCAUUUUGUAGAGUCGCCAAGGCUAAUCAAGUGUACAGAAGAAAUUUAGAGGUGAUUGUGAUUAUAUACUAAGUGUUGUAAUGUGCCAUUAAAGAGUGACAGAGACAAUAGUCAAAUAUGGUGUCGACUAAUGAUUCUGAUGUUGGAAACAUCUAUUGUUGUGUGAUAGGACUGCAUGAAAAGAAAAAUCAAAUGGAGGAGCUUCAUAUUGCCUUUGAGCCUUAAGCAUAUUGAUAUAUCCAUUGAAAAUUAUACUUAAUUUUUCUUAAAAUUUUGUAAGUUUGCGCAUAUAGAACAAAUAUUUGGGGUUUAGGUGGUGAUCAUUGUCUUAGUAAAUAGGUAGGUGGUCACAAGUAUGUAGCACGUCUUGAGUUCCUUGUAUGUAGUCUCCAUGCAACAUAAAUAAUCUAAGAGACUUCGGGGUUUUUUCUUGUAAGAGAACAUUUGCUUAAAACUUUCAACUGUCAUAGUGAAUUUUAGUUGCAAUCUCAUAUUGUUGUGCAAGCCCGGUUUAAUUUGUCUGGCAGCAUGUUUUGAUGCUUUUUCCGUAUGCUAAUAUCAAUAAGGUCAUGCAUCAUAGAGGGAAAAAUGGUUUAAUUAAUUAUUUUCUGUAUUUAGGGUGAAUUCUGCAUUGUCAGAACUAAUAUUCAUCUACCUCUUUACUUACAGAAUUCGGCUUUUUUUCUGGUCAACUGAAUGUUAUAAGCUUCUGUCUACCUUGUUCCUACCUGUAAUUUCUACAGAAAUGCUUCCCCUAAUCUAAUUCACCAAGCCACAAAAAUCAUAAUUUUUUCUU